CAAUAAUAUAAUCUUGUCAAGAACACCAGAUGGUCUGCCAUGGGCUCCGUGGAUUCGACCAGCGACAUAUUGAUCAUCGGCUCCGGUAUCUUUGGAACCAGCACAGCAUACCAUCUCUCCAAAAGCCAUGCCACGCCAUCGCGCAUCACCGUGCUCGACCGCGCUCCUGCACCCUCCCCAGCUGCCGCGUCCUCCGACAUAAACAAGAUUGUCCGCGCCGACUACAGCAAACCCUUCUACAUGGACCUCGCCUACGAGGCCAUGCGGGACUGGACAGACAGCCCGCUGAUAUCACGCUACUUUUACCAGACAGGCUGGGUCGCCCUGGACGAGAAGGACAGCGACCUGUCGGCGCGAAUACGCAAGAACUUCCGCGACAGUGGGCGGCCGGACACUUCGGCAGAUAUAUCGCUCGACGAGGUCAAAUCCAAAUGGGGCGGCGUUCUGGCGGGCAUAGACACAAGCGGGUAUGAUAAAGCGUACACGAAUUCCAGCGCGGGGUGGGCGGAUGCCUGUGCUGCCGUUGAAACGAUGAUGCACGAGGCAACCAAAGCAGGUGUGCACUAUGAGGUAGGAGAAGUUGUCGAGCUUGUGUGCGAAGGCGACAAAUUGACCGCCGUGCGCACAGCUGAUGGACGCUUGUUCACCGGCGACAAGAUCCUGCUCGCCACGGGUGCGUGGACACCUUGGCUUAUGAGUCCACUAGAACAGAAGAUGAACAUACGCGAGGAAGAUGGUAUCCAGAGGCAAAUGCAAGCUGCAGGCGUAUGUGUCGCGGCAUUCAAAUUGUCCGAGGCAGAAGCACAGCAUUACUCUCAGAUGCCUGUGCUGAUCUACGGAUCCAAGGGAGAGGUCAUGCCGCCGACGAAUGAGGCACGAUUCUUCAAGUUUACGAACUCCAACACCUUUCUGAACACGAAGGUGCAUUCAGACACAGGGCAACAAAUCUCUGUUCCCGAGCCUGAUCAAAAAGCUGUACCGGAGAUGUUGCAAAGGGAGUCGAUUGAGAUCAUAAGGCAGCGUGUUCCGGAGAUUCUGCGCAAUGGUCGCACACCUGACGACUGGCGGCUGUGCUGGGACGCCGUCUCACCAGAUCAAAAUCAGUUGAUAACACAGCAUCCUGACCCUCGCUUGUCGAACUUGUACUUUGCCACGGCGGGAUCGUUUCACAGUUGGAAAUUCCUGCCCAAUAUUGGAAGGUACGUGGUCAACGUUAUGGACGGUAAGUCGAAUGGCAGGGAGAAAGAUGAGGCUUGGGCGUGGAAGAGGACGUGGGAGGGCAAAGGUGCUCAUGAGAAGGUCUUGCCCAAGAGGGAGUUUGGAAGCCUCAGUAAGUCUUGAAUAUUCCAACGAGAUUUCCUGCUCGAAUUUGGAAUAUGAUACACCGAUAUUGAGCAGCCACAAUAGUACUUCGUUCCAUGUUGAACCCAGACACUAUCGGCAAGGCACAUUUUCAAAAUUCACAUUUCCUAUCUACACCGAAUAGACCAAGAUUAAUU